CUGGCGCGCAGUUCGCGCCUUAGGGGCCUGGAACCGAGAGAGCCAACGACCAUCGGAGGUCAGAUGCGGCGCUUCUCACGGAGCGGGUGAUGUCACUGGUCCAGAAGGUCCGACUGCUUAGCCCCGAGUUGCCGUCCUUCAACUUAUUACUGAUCCGGAUCCUUCCACUCACGCGGACCGAUGUAGCGAGCAAUUGGUGUCUGUUGCGCAAUGCCUCUCAACUUCAGCAGCAAACAAAGACACGGUCAGUACCGUGACGAGAAAGCGCAAAGCACUGGGCGUGUCAACACCUUCGGCCAGGUCGCGAUAAAGUUUCACAGGAACACGACACACCUGAAGUACUGGUUCGACAAGGUCCAGAAUGACGCUGCUGCGUGUCGACCGCCGAAGUGUGCGAGGCCACGAAGAGGAAGUACAGCCCUUGUCGAUGAGUUCAUCAACGAGAAGACAAGUACACCUCCAAGCCCGCGUUUGAAUAUUGCGAUCCACAUCUGCGGCUCUCGAGGCGAUGUGCAACCCUUCAUUCCCAUCGCAAAGUUGCUUCAGGGACAUGGACAUCGAGUCCGAAUUUGCACACAUCCGGCAUUCAAGGACUUUGUUGAAAGCAAUGGUGUGGAGUUUUUUUCUAUCGGUGGCGAUCCGGAAGCGCUCAUGGCGUACAUGGUCAAAAAUCCUGGGUUGCUGCCGAACAUGGAGUCGCUCAAAGCUGGAGAAAUCGGCAAACGUCGGAAGGAGAUGGCUGAAAUGAUCGAAGGAACCUGGAGAAGUUGCAUCGAAGCUGGUGACGGCAUGGGUGAAAAGAUCCAAGCACUGAACGUGGACGCGUCUGAAGAUCUGUUCAUCGCCGACGCCAUCAUCGCAAAUCCGCCUUCCAUGGGACACAUUCACUGUGCAGAGAAGCUCGGUAUUCCCCUACACAUGGUUUUUACGAUGCCCUGGUCGCCAACAAAAGCCUUCCAUCAUCCUCUGGCGGCUAUGGAGUAUGGAGAAGUUGAGGCCUCCAUGGCGAACUACUUCAGUUUUGGGAUCAUGGAGCUAUUGACAUGGCAAGGCCUCGGUGAUCUCAUCAACAAGUUCCGAACACACACUCUGCAUCUGGAUGCGAUCAGUCCGCUGUGGGGCUACCAGUUGAUACCUCGACUUCGUGUGCCAUACAGCUACCUGUGGUCGCAAGCUUUGAUCCGAAGGCCAUCAGACUGGGGGCCUCACAUUAGCGUUACGGGCUUUUCCUUUCUGAAAGCCGGCUCGAAUUAUACACCUCCUCAAGAUCUGGCUGACUUCUUGGACAAAGGCCCGCCUCCGGUCUACAUCGGCUUCGGUAGCAUCGUGGUCAAGGACCCAACUGCUCUAACCAAACUGAUUUUCGAAGCUGUAAAGUUGGCAAAAGUCCGAGCAAUUGUUUCGAAAGGAUGGGGAGGCGUUGGCGCCGGCGAGGUCCCUGACAACGUGUUCCUCAUAGGCAAUUGUCCGCACGACUGGCUCUUCCAGCAGGUCUCGUGUGUUGUUCACCAUGGAGGUGCUGGCACGACAGCAGCUGGGAUUGCAUUAGGGAAGCCCACCGUCGUUGUGCCCUUCUUUGGCGACCAGCCAUUUUGGGGUCAAAUGAUUGCGAAAGCAGGAGCGGGGCCCGUACCUGUGCCGUUCAAGCAGAUGACAGCAGAGGGCCUUGCCGAAAGCAUAAAAUUCGCGUUAAAAGACGAUGUGAAGAUCGCUGUGCAAAAGAUGGCUGAAACUAUGGCGGAAGAAGAUGGCUCGAGAGACACUGUGACGGAUUUUGAGCAGAAGCUUGAGCUUGACGGCAUGCGGUGCCAUCUCUGUCCGGAACGCCUUGCCAUCUGGCGAGAUAAACAGACCGGGGCGCAUUUGAGCGGCUUUGCAGUAGUCGUACUUUCCCAGAAGAAGCUGCUGGAUGCAAGGCAUCUACGGCUAUUACGCCACAGGCAUUGGUAUACACACGAGGGUGCUGAAGGGCCUAUAGUAGGCGUGGUAGCUGCAUUUGGUGCUCUGAUGUCCGGUAUUUCAACGGACACUACCGAAUUUUCGCAUCGGCUGAAGAAAAAUUCGCACCAUACCGAUGUAGAGGCGUUAGCACGGACUGUGACGAACGGAGAGGAAGAGAUUUUCGAUCCAAAGAAGGGCAUUACCUCGAAGCAGUUCAACCACAUGGCGUACAGGAUGGCCAAGAAGUCUUAUGAAGAGGAUCCGGUCAAGAACUUCACUAAGCCGCAUACCAACCCUGGCCUCUCAGCCGUGCGAAAGAAGGUAGCAGAGAAGAGGGCGACAGGCGGUCGAGGCUAUCAGAUUGCAAGUGCAACCAUGCAUUUUGUUUGCGACCUGUCUGUCACAGGCGCAAAAACCCCGGUUGCGGUGUUCUACAACCUAGCGAACGGCUACCGUAAUCUGCCAUCCUAUGCCAUUCGCAACGAUCCAGCGAGGCGAAGAGAUGAGAUCACAGGGCUUGGCAGCGGCUGCAAGCUCGCUGGAAAGGAGUUCGUGAUGGGCUUUGUCGAUGCCUUUCAGGGCAUCGUACGACAUCCAUACUUGGGUGCGAAACAAGAAGGCUUGGGCGGCUUUGGUAAAGGCAUCGGAAGAGCUUUUGGUGGCUUCUAUUUCCAUUCGAUGGCGGCGAUCUUUGGCUUGCCCGGAUAUUUUCUGAAAGGUAUUGAAAGGGAGCUGCGGCGGAGACAUCUCACCACGCUUCAGGCGGAGAUCGUCCUCAUACAGCUGCGCCGAUCAUUUCUGGCAUUUCGACAGGCGACGGAAGCUGAGAAGGGUGAGGUGGUUGAGAAGUGGGAAGAGUGGAAAGCCAGCAUUGCAAAGGACUAGGUUGAUAUGCAAGUCAUGGUUCGGAGCACACUAAUAGUCGGUUUACCAAGUACUGGUAGAGGCAUGCCAUGAAUAGAGACAAGAAAGCAUCAAGCAGCUGUGCGGGCAGCUGACGCCUCGCGCAUUUAGUCAGG